UGUAACGUAUGGUACGUCUCCGGCGCCAUUUUUGGCGAUACGGUGUUUAAAGAUGUUGGGCGAUGCUAACGAGUCUGCUUUCCCUACGGGGUCAGAUGUUAUUCGAAGAGAUUUUUACGUUGAUGAUCUCUUAACUGGUGCCGAUAAUCUCGAAACACUUAAAAUAAUGAAAUUCGAGAUUCAAGAAAUCCUUACAAAAGGAGGGUUUCAAUUAGCCAAAUGGUUUUCAAAUCAUCCAAGGUAUCUUAAUACUGAGAGUUCUGAAAAAUCAAUAAAUUUUAAUGAUUCAGACUACACAAAAACUCUGGGAAUUUGUUGGCACCCUAAAGAAGAUACAUUUAGCUUCAAUUUGGACAAUAAUUUCCAUGAUCUACGAGCUACUAAGAGAAACAUACUAUCAGUUUCCGCUCGUCUUUUCGAUCCUCUUGGUUUGUUAUGCCCCAUAGUAACCAAAGCAAAAAUCUUAUUACAAGAGCUUUGGAUAGCAAAAAUUGAUUGGGAUGAGUCGAUUCCAUUGCGCCUUGAUACCAGUUGGCAAAAUUUCAAAACUAAUUUAUCUCAACUUGGCGAGAUAAAACUACCUAGAUUUGUCGAAACUCAUUCGAACGCAAAAAUUCAAGUUCAUGGGUUUGCCGAUGCUUCGACGAGAGCUUACGGUUGUUGUAUUUACAUCCGAAGCCAAAGCACGGCCGGUAUCAAGUCGACGCUAUUAACUGCAAAGUCUAGGGUGGCCCCUUUGAAAACAAAAUCGAUCCCUCGAUUAGAACUUUGCGCAGCGCAUACUCUUGCUAAGUUAUGGACAAGAGUAGAGGCAAUGUUGAGUCUUGACGUCGAACAAGUUAUUUUCUGGACCGAUUCCGAAAUAACUUUGCAUUGGAUAAAAACACAUCCAUCUACGCUUACAACUUUUGUAGCAAAUAGAGUGUCCGACAUCCAAGAGUGGACACAAAAAGUAUCAUGGAGACAUGUACCAACAAAACAAAAUCCAGCAGACAUUCUGUCAAGAGGCUGUAAUGUUGAAGAAAUCAAUGCGUCAAUUUGGUUCGAAGGUCCACAGUUCUUAUUGAACGAACAAUCAUCGUGGCCGGUCAAUUCGCAUUUUGAGUUGUCUCCAGAAGAUGAAGCUUUAGAAAAACGUAAAAUAAAUAUGGCUCUAAUAGCAGUAGAAAAACCUCGAACUAAACUUCUAGAUUUUAUAGAAGAAGAAUCCUCAUAUACCGACCUUAUAACUACGUUUGCUUACAUAAUGCGAUUCUUUAAAAUAUCAAAAAACAAAACAGAUAAAAUAUUGGAAGAAUUGCCAACGGCAAAAGAGAGAAACUUGGCGUUUCUAAGAAUAGUUGAAAUCGUCCAAAGUUAUGAAUUUCCAGAAGAAAUUGAAAAACUUCGUAGGAAAAUAACUCUUCAAAAUAGUAUUCAAAAACUUAAUCCGUUUAUUCAUGAGUUUCAAGACAACGAAUUUUCAUUUUCGCAGAUUCGUGUAGGUGGUCGUCUUUUGAACGCUCCAAUUGAAUAUGAUGCAAAAUUCCCACUUUUGUUAACGAAAAAUUCACCAUUUGUAAAAACGUACUUAACGUAUUUGCACCGAAAAAAUUGCCAUGCUGGACCUCAAGCUAUGGUGGCAUUGCUUCGAGAAAAGAUUUGGCUAAUAAAUGCCAAAGAAGCUUGCCAAAAGGUUGUGCGACAAUGUAUUAAUUGUUUUAAGUACAAACCGAAAUUACUUACCCAAAUCAUGGGUAAUCUACCAGCGGAUCGAUUGCGAGCGCAACGACCGUUUUUAGUAUGUGGAGUAGAUUUCUGUGGCCCGGUAAAUACCACUCUUAAAAUUCGUGGCCGGCCGCCGAAUAAAACUUAUAUUUGCGUUUUUGUUUGUUUCGCCUCCAAAGCUGUACAUAUUGAAUUAGCUUCUAAUUUGUCGUCUGAAUGUUUUAUUCUCGCCCUCAAAAGGUUUAUCUGUCGCCGAGGGAUUCCGAAGACGAUGUAUUGCGACAACGGGACGAACGGGCCUAUGGGAGGCGGCGGUCAAAGCGGCGAAAACGCUGUUACAGCGUACCGUGGCCAACGCACUCCUUACAACCGAAGAGCUGCUCACCGUGGUGAUCGAGGUCGAGGCAAUCCUCAAUUCAAGGCCAAUCGCACCACUAAGCGCCGAUCCCAACGACGGAGAAGCCCUCACACCAGCGCAUCUGCUAAUAGGCAGCAGCUUACGAUCGCUGCCCCCAGAACCAGUGCCGGAACGGCAAACGGGCUGCUUGAAAAGAUGGCAGCUUCUAUGCUGGCUCAAGCAGCAGUUCUGGCAGAAGUGGUCCAGGGAGUAUCUGCUUGGCCUACAAGCGCGAUCCAAGUGGAUACUGGAGCAGCCCAAUCUCGUCGUGGGCAAACUCGUCCUAAUCCACGAGGACAACUUACCUCCUCAGCGGUGGAAAACAGGCCGCGUUAUAGGGGUCGUCGAAGGGCAGGACGGCAAGGUCAGGGUCGCCGACGUCAAAACGUCCAACGGCGUGCUUAGACGCCCAAUCGUUAAACUGGCCCCCCUUCCUGAUGAAGACUCUUGAAGACUACAGCCUUUCAACGUGGCCGGUGUUUCGUCAUUACGAAUAUUUUAAAAAUAAAUUGAAUUUGAAUUAUAUAAAAUAAUGAAUUAAAAUUUGAAUCUAAAACUACUACAUUUUUGUUUAAAAAUUUCAUUAUUGUGAAUUUACUUUAAAUGGUAUAAAAUUCAAAUUUCGCGCCCAUCCGGCCAUAUUUAAUUUCAAAACAUAAAAUAAAGAAGAAGAAGAAAAAGAAAUGAAUAAUAAAAUCAUUCCACACGAAGUAACCGCACUCUAUACACGCAUUUUUAUAUGAACUCGUUUUUCUCAAAAAAAGUUAAAUUUUCAAGUUUUUUAAAUUUAAGCUCAAGUAAGAGCAUCAAUUCGUAAAAAAGAUUACGAAAUUUCACCAAGAGUUCUAUUGAAGUAAAAUUAUAGCGAUUAUUUUCAAUAGAAGAAUUUUAGUUCAAGAUUUUUUAAUUAUUUUAAUUUGAUUUCAAAAUUUGCAUACGAUUGAAAUGGCUGGCAGUGUUCCCACGUAUAGUUCCUCAAACGAUUUGUGGGAAUACGUCUCGGGGGCAUCUGAAAAGCCAACUGAACCUCCUGCUGCAGUUCAAGAAUGGUGUAAACAAGAUGGAAAGGCCAGAGCUGACCUGAUUUUCUCCAUUCAUCCUUUGGAACUAAAGUAGAUUCGUGGAUGCGAAACAUCACGAAGUGUGUGACUCACACUCAAGUUAGCGUCAAUUUACGCUUCAAAAGGUCCAGCAAGGAAGGCAUCACUGUUGAAACAGUUAAUCCUUCAAAAGCUAGACGAUAGCGGUGAUGUGAGGGAGCAUAUGGCAAAUUUUUUCGAUGCGGUGGAUAAGCUUGAAAGCAUGAAAGUGACCAUAAAUGGUGAUUUAUUGUCAAUAAUGCUUUUGUAUAGCCUUCCGUCUUCUUUCGAAAAUUUCCGAUGUGCGAUCGAAUCUCGCGAUGAUGUUCCUUCUGCUGAAGCAUUGAAAGUCAAGAUUAUUGAAGAAUGCGAAGCAAGAAAGCAAUCAACUGAGGGUGCAGUUAUUGCAAUGUCAUCAAGAAAUUCAAGAGGUUCGUUUAAGACUCAACAUAGGUCUGGAGAAUUAUCGCAUAAAAAGGUAAAAUGUUUUAAAUGUGGUAUUACAGGUCACAAGGCGAAUGUGUGUCAAACUAAGAAGUCUGAAUUCCCCAAAAAGAAGUCAAAGCAAUAUGCGCAUAAUACAGACGAUUCGUUUGCUGUAAAUUAUCUUACGAAUUCGCUAUGCAAAGACGAAUCGGGAAUGGAUUCUUGAAAGUGGUUGCACAUCUCAUUUGUGCGGUGAUGAAGUUCUUUUCCAAUCCUUACAUGAAUCACCUAAGGCAAAGCUGAACCUUGCUAGCAAUGCAACAGCCAAAGUCAAAGGAAGAGGUAUUGUGCAUUUAACUGCGGCUAGCGAUAAAGGUCCUCGCUUGAUUGAAUUCAAGGACACUUUAUUUGUCCCGGAGUUGCGAACAAAUUUAAUUUUAGUAGCACGACACACUAAUAAGGGACAUGAAGUCAAGUUUGAGAAGGAAUUAGAUAUUGUUCAAGCUAAAGUUGUACAAUUUCUAUGAUUGCCGAUAGAAGAGGUGAUCUUUAAAUAGUAAGAGAACAGCUCAAUUGCGCAAAAGUGGUUGUCCGACCUGAUUGCUCCGAACUGUUGAAGUGGCAUGAAAGGUUGAGUCAUUUGAACAGCAAAGACAUUUUAAAGCUGAUUCAAAUCGGUGGAAUUCCUGCGAUUAAUACGAAAUACCAUGAAAAACUUGAUUUCGAUGUGUGCAUUAAAGGAAAGAUGGUGGGAACACCAUUUCAAAAAUCUCGUGAAUCUUGUGAAGAGAUUUCAAAAGUAAUACAUUCUGAUGUUGUUGGUCCAUUUCGAAAAGAAUCAAUCUGUGGUGCAAAAUAUUUUGUCACAUUUAUAGAUGAAAGUACUAGAUGGUGGGAGGUUUAUUCUGAAACAGAAAAGUGGCGUUUUUGAUGCAUUCAAAAUGUAUCAAAAUUAUGUUGAAAGGCAAACUGGCGCAAAAAUAAAAUAUCUACAAUCAGAUAAUGGUUGUGAGUAUUGUAAUGCUAAUUUUGAUCGAUAUCUUUCAGAUAGAGGCAUUAAGAGAAGAUUGACGAUUCCUCACACUCAUUUGGGUCGAAGGUGCACAUUUUGGACAACAAUCUAGGCACGGAUAAGCUAGCGACAAGAUCUGUUGAAGGAAUUUUUGUUGGGUAUCCGCGAGAAAGUAAAGGAUAUCGCGUGUGGGUACCGAGUAAACGUCAAAUUGUGCAUAUUCGUGAUCUGAAAUUCGUUGAAGAGAAAUCAUAAGAACUUCCAAAUGAUUGUUCUGCUGAAGUAGAUGAGUUGUUCAUUUUGUGGCAAAAUAGAAAGCCCGAAAAAUUGAAAGAUGAAGUUAUUUCUGAAGAAAAACAUGAAUCAAACGAACAAAAUUCACUUACCUAUCUUAAAAGAGCUCCUGGAAGGCCAGGUUUACUUCGCACUGGAAGCGGAGGGCGUCCAAGAAAACUUUUUCAAACAACAGAAUCGAAGGAAGAAAACGAAGAAGAAAACCUUCAAAGAUUAGCUGAACCUGAAAACGAAAUUGAAGAGUUUGGUGGAAAUUUCGUUUCCGAUUCUUUAUAAUUAAAAAAAUAUAUACUUUUGUCUCAUAGAGACAUAACAAUUAAUUAAAACGCAAGAAUUUAUUUAAUAUAUUAUUAACUAAAUAAGCUUCCCAUCCCUUACCACGGAUGCACAGUGUGGCCAAUCACGAAUCUAGCUGGACAAAAUUAAUAACUCGCGUUUAAUCGACUUUUUUUCUAAACAGUUUUAAACAAAUGAAUGUGAAUAGAUAAAAUUCUAUAAAAAAGAAAGAUUUUUUAAAAAGAAAUCUAUAAUUUCUGCAAAAAGUGGGUCAAAAUAGUGAUGAAGAAAAUGCAUUUUUGAUUAUGUUUCCGUAAACAUAUUCUAUGAUUGGAUAUACUUAAUUAUUUAAAAAAACGCUUGAAAAAUCUCAAUAAAUAAAAACUCUAUUGCUAUUCACGAAAAAAGAGAGGCAGAAUAAUUAGGUUUUAUUAACAAAUAGAACUUUUACACACGUUUUUGCCAGGUGACAUACAUGAUUUAUUUUCUCAAUAUCAUGCUUUAAAUUAAAAUGUUAGCAAUGAUUUUAAUUAAAUAUGCUUCACAAUCAUAAAAAAUGGCAUCACCUUUAAAAAUAUCUGCAGAUAAUUUAAAAAAGUAACUCCUUUUUGUGCGAUGCAAACUUGAAACAUAAGGGCCUAUUAAAAACAGCUGUGUUUAUAUUACCUUCGAUGUUUUUCAAGCUAAUAAUUCUCUAAAUUUAAGAUGUUUAAGAUGUUCCGACAGAAAAGCAUCAUUCAUCAAUGAUAAUGCCUCAUUAGAUUGAAAACUCCAGUGGUCUAGUGGUUCCAGAGGAUCAGAACUUAAUCUUUUAUACAUUUUGAUCCUUCACUCAAAGAACAUUUCUAUAAAUCCUUUCCGGUAUUAUUGGAAUAUGCUUUUUAAAUUUUGCGGAGAGCGAUUCUAAUGAUUUUAACUAUUUUCUAAUGGAUAGGUGCACUUAGGAGACUUUUAACCUUCCGUUUGUUAUUUUUUUUUCCGUUUUUUUAGUUUUUAAAAAUUCUUUUCUACUUUUGUUUCACUAUCUACUGUUUUUGUUUAUGUAGUUAUCACAUAAUAUUGGUCAAGCAAAAUGAAAUUCAUGUUUAAAGAGUGGUCCAAAGUGUCUUCCACCUUUUUUGUCUUUUUUCGCUUAACUUGAAGCACAAAACUUUUAUAUAUGUUUUUAAUUUUUAUUUAUUGUCAAAAAUGUUCCAAAGAUGAUACCUGCUCAUUAAAAGAUCAAAAAAACUGUCUUUUCGAUCUUAUUUGGCAGUUUUGACACAUUUUUCGAAAAUUUGUUUUUUUGAAUAUCUUGACUUCAUUUUGAAAAGUGAAAAAAGUUGUAUGGCGGUCGAGAAAACGCGAGACAUGUAACUAGCUAAUCUUAAUGACAACACUCCACCAAACACUAAUUAAUUAAUUUCAGACCGGAAAAAUGCGGAAAAAUUAACUUUACCUCUAUUUGAAAAACAAAGAUAUUUUUUUUUGCACUUCCUAGCCUUCAUACAGAAUUUAUUUUUUUUUAAAUAGUUGCAAUGGUAAUUAAUAAAUAAAAAUUAUAAUACCUUACCCCCAAAUGUAGAUUAACAAUUAAAAAAAACAAUUACAACAAAAAAACUACCACAGCGUUUUUAGUCGUCAACCAAACUCAAGCGAAAAAUAGAAUACUUUGUAUUAUCUCCAUCCAACUGUUGACAAGAACCAACUUUCAAGCUUAGCUUACGAUAAUCCGAGAUGAAAACAAAAAAAACAAACAUGAAUUACAGUUACCCAUUGUAUUGAGAAGCUCUGCUCAUGAUUUAAAAUCAUGUGGCUAAACUUUUUUUUUUCUAUUUUGUCCAGUCAGAUUGGCGAAUUACCACACUGUGGGAUGGGGGGAAAUCUUCAGCUGAACGUAGAACUAAGACUGAAUUAAGACUGAAAAUUACAAUGUUUGACCCUUUUUAUGAUUAUUAUAUGCGACAUCCACUGAAGAUCGUUUGCCCACUGCCCACUGAUUUCAAUAAUUUUCUUAUGAUCCCUAUGCAUUGCGACUUGGAUGCGAAUAUCUUCUAAACGGUUAAAGCAACCAAUUUGAGGCCAAGGACUUUUUUGUAGAACAUUUAAGACCCUACGAUAAUCCAUCUUACUAAUUUAAUAAUAAUGACUUUUCAGUGAAUUAGAAAAUUUUAAAAAGAAAAAAAAAGUUUUUAUAUUUUUGUUUAACUUUGACCUCGAAUAUCUUUCAAAUGGUUAGAUUAAUAAAAAAAGUUAAUAAGAUCUUUUUUGUGGAGCAAUCUGUUUCCUACAAGAAUAUGUCAUGUGCGUUUGAUUAUUAUUAUUUUUCAAUUUGUUACAAAAUUUAGAAUAAAAAACGAAUUUUUAAAGAUAUUCUCGAUUUUUGGACCUCAAAUAUCUACUAAACGGUUAGAUAAUUCAAAAAAGUGUAUUUAACUUUUUUUGUAGAGCGUUCAAUUUUCAACAAAAAUAUGUAAAAAAAAUUGGCUUAAAAGUCAAUUAAUAAAAAAUUUUUUUUUUUUUCUUGUAGAAGCUUGAUUUAAAAAUGGAAAAUUGAAAAGUGGAGGACCUUCCCAAUAAGAUAAAGAGCUCAUAUUUGGUGAGUAUAUUCUAGAGGUGUUUAGCAAUCGAGUUUUCGAAGUACCAAAUCAAAAAAAACGAAUUUCCAUUUUUUUUACCCACCCUUAUAUACAGGGUGUCCCACAGUCACCACCCCGAACGAAAACCAUGGAUUCCUGCAUUUUAAGUCCAAAAACUUAAGAGAAUAGGGGCACGGCCUAGCUCGACGGAUGGGGAGUGGUUCUUGCCCCCUCUUCAUCAUUUCCAAAUCAACAAAUCAAAUAUCAUGCCAGGAAAUGUAUAGUAUAGGAUAGGAAACGGAAAUAUUAGGAUAAGGAAACGGAAGUUUUGAAGCAACGGUUUGAAAACAAAAUCUUAAACAUAAACUCUUACAACUAACUAACUAUAAAUAUGUUUUAUAUUUUUUUAUAUUCUUAUAACCAAAUAUAAAAAUAUAAGAAAUGAUAUCAAUAUAAAUAGAUAUGACCAAUUUUUAUAUCAAAUAAAACUAACCUAAUUAACCUA